AUGUUGAAGCUUGUUGAAAUGCCAUUUGCUAGGAAAUACAUCAAAGAGCAAAUCAGGAAGCCAUCUUCAGGUUUUUGGGGAUUCAUCGCAAGAAAGAGUCUGCUGAAAGGCAAUUCAACAAUAGAAAUAGACGUUGCUCGUGCGACAAAUGCUGGGGCUGAUGAAAAUGUACUGGAGAUUGGUUUCGGUCUUGGUGAUGGACUUGAAUAUGUUCUGCAAAACACUAUCAGAAAUGGCAAAGGUUCACUUUAUGGUGUCGAUUAUUCAGAAGACGUGUGUAAAUGGGCGCGGAAGUCAUUGAAGAAGGACGUAGCAUCUGGGAAACUUACAAUACUAAAUGAAGACGUUGCUAAAAUGUCGAUUCCUGAUGCGACUAUACACAAAGUAUUCCACGUUCAUUGCUUUUAUUUCUGGCCUAGCUUGGCAAAUUCAAUCAACGAAAUAAAACGAAUCAUGAAACCCGGUGGACUGAUGAUAGCUGGAAUGCAUCCUGAAAAGCUUGAAAUGGUGAAAGAUAAAGGCCUGUUAGAAAGCUGGAUGUUUGAACCAAAAAGGUACAUCAAUGCUUUACAGGAAGCCGGAUUUGAGAAUAUAAAAGAGAAGAAUAUGUACAAUGGAGAAGUGAAAUCAGAUUUCAAACUCAUUUUUGGCACAAAGCCCGAUGAUUAA